UUUCCUCCUCACUUCCUCUUUUCCAAAACCCUUAAAAUCACCAUAUCUCUACGACUGAACCUUACCAUUUCCACUUCUCUCGCACUCAAACGCACGCAGAAAAAAUGGCCGCCGUUAUAGCCCGAUCAGUCCUGUCCGUCCGAUCAACUGGUGCCACUGCUUCUCUUCUUCUCCAGAAACGCCUCUUCUCUUUACCUAUUUCCAAACCCGGUUACAUUCGUCCAGGAACCGGACCCGUUUCUUCCACACGCUCUGUCGCACCAGCUGCCUUAUCCCACUCCCUGCAGGUUACUUCUCCUAACUUGACCCGGUACAACACGGUCAGAUGCCGAGUCAAUCGUUCCGGCUCUUCUUACUCGCCGCUGAACUCGGGGUCGAACUUUGGUGACCGCCCACCCACAGAAAUGGCGCCGCUUUUCCCCGGAUGUGAUUAUGAACACUGGCUUAUUGUCAUGGAUAAGCCUGGUGGUGAAGGGGCGACUAAGCAGCAGAUGAUUGAUUGUUAUAUUCAAACGCUUGCUAAAGUUGUUGGAAGUGAGGAGGAGGCUAAAAAGAAGAUAUAUAAUGUGUCAUGUGAGAGGUACUUUGGAUUUGGAUGUGAGAUUGAUGAGGAGACCUCAAACAAGCUUGAAGGAUUGCCUGGUGUUCUGUUUGUUCUUCCAGAUUCUUAUGUUGAUGCUGAGAAUAAGGACUAUGGAGCUGAGCUGUUCGUGAAUGGAGAGAUAGUUCAAAGGUCACCCGAGAGACAAAGGAGAGUGGAGCCUGUACCUCAGAGAGCUCAAGACAGACCAAGAUACAACGAUCGAACUCGUUAUGUGAGGCGCCGUGAAAAUAGCAGAUGAACAGUGAAAACGAGUCUAUGCAGAGCCUAAUUAUAUGAUAUUUGGAAUGGGUUAACAUCAAGGGGUUGUAUGUUGAUAUUAUUCUGUUGCUGGAUUGUUGUGGACCUGUAUGUCAAUAUUCUAAGUGAACUCUAACUAUAUGUCAAGAAUGCUUGAGCCUGUUUUCUACUCUUGGAAUCUUUAGUUUAUAGAACUGUUUUCCAUGGUGCAAUCUACUCUUUGUCUGUAAGUUUUGAUUCAGGGAUGAAUUUUUUGAAGUGAUCUGGGAAAAUGAAUCAAUAAAUUUCUGAUCAGUAUA